UAAAGCUCCAUAUUCAACAUGUUCUUCCACUCAUGUGAACUGGCCUCAGUUUACAUCUCUGAAAAAGGUACCUACGACCAACCGAGUUUAACACCCAAGCGAGAAAAUGCCAGAAUUAACCGAACUAGACAAAGCAGCGAGUUCCGAGCCAUCAAAAGUGGAGGUUGAGGCAGCAGGAUCGGGCACAGACUCAGACUCCGAUGACUCAAUUCCCGAGCUCGAGGAUCCAACAGCAGCUGGUGGAGUUGGUUUCUCUGGGAGUAAUGCCAGUGGACUACCAAUUGACGUCAUCUCCAAAGCAAAACAAAGUCGAAGUGAGAAGAAAGCCAGAAAGCUUAUGAGCAAACUUGGACUCAAGUUGGUCCAGGGUGUCAACAGGGUGACUAUUCGAAAAUCCAAGAACAUCCUCUUUGUUAUCAACAAGCCAGAUGUCUUGAAGAACCCAGCGUCUGAUACUUAUAUUAUCUUCGGAGAGGCUAAGAUCGAAGACCUCAGUCAGCAAGCCCAAGUGGCAGCUGCUGAAAAAUUCAAAGAACCACCAAUCAUGUCAACAGCUGAAGCUGGUGGUAGCACAACGGUUGUUGCACCAAUUCAAGAGGAAUCAGAGGAAGAAGUAGACGAGACCGGUGUGGAAGAAAAGGAUGUUGACCUCGUGAUGACACAGGCCAACGUCUCACGAGGGAAAGCCAUAAAGGCCCUCAAAAAUAAUCAGAACGAUAUCGUUAAUGCUAUUAUGGAAUUAACGAUGUGAUGAAGCAGAUUAGAAAUUAAGGCACAGCAGUUGUUCCUGCUAAAAGUCACAAUAAAUCAUCCUUUUGGAAUCAGUCAUCAUUUUACUUUUAUAAUUUGCCUAUAAAAAACAACUUUGAAGGACUAAAACCAGUCGACAAACCAACCUGAAAGCCAGUGGUAAGAAUUUAUGAGAACCGCUGGAUUCUAUCGGCAUUAAUACGUCGUUAAUGUCAAAUACCUACAUGUAUAUACAUCAAUGACACAAAAUGAAUAAACAUGCUAUCACGAAUGA